CCGAUUCUUUCGCCCACAAACUCCAGAGAUUGGCCAUCAAGAUCUCUGCACUUGACAGCAAUGUCCAACCAAAAUACAGCAGCCAUCCCACCCCAGCCUCGCGCAAAAGCACUGCGUGCAUGUCUGCUCUGCUCGAUCAUCCAGACACCCGCCGACUUCCGAAAACAUGGUUGCCCCAAUUGCGAGGAGCUCAUGCAGAUGAAAGGGUACCCUGAUCGUAUUCAAGCCUGCACGACUACACACUUCGACGGCGUGAUUGCUGUGAUCGACCCGGAGCAGAGCUGGAUUGCGCGUUGGCAGCGGACAUCAAAAUACGUGCGGGGGAUGUACGCCGUCCGGGUGAAGGGCCGGGUGCCUGAAGACGUCGAAGCUGAGCUCGAGAGCCGUGGGAUCAAGUACCGACCAAGAGAUCAGUCAGAACAGGACUGAAAGUCUUCCGCCAUCUUCAUUUGAGGUUUCCCUUUCUAUUUACCGCUUGUACCGUCCAUAUGUGCUCUCAUAAUCCAGGUGUAUCAUUAGAUUCGCGCAA